UCAAUUAUUACACCAUUUACCAAGUGGAUCCCGCAGGAAGAUAUUUGAAUCAUCUGCAAUUUUGUUAAGUAUGGAACUAGCAAGGCGUAACAACGGCUUCCGCAAGGUUGCCAAGUGGAUUGCUGGUGCCCUUGUUGUGGCAGGUGCUGCCAGCGGAAAUGUCCUAUGUGAUGAGGUUUCGGAACCACAGGAGGCUGAAGUGAAGUCUGAGAUUAAUGUGAAUGGAGAGGAUAAGGCGAUGAGUAAUAUUGAGAACGAUGAUUUUGAAGCAAUUAUAGGCAGACUUCCACACGACCCUGCUGCAGUGGCCAUUGUGAACUCAAGGGGCAAGUCCUUUACAAACCAAGACAUUUACGGAUUGAUCGAUCACGAUAUACGCCUAGGUUUAUUGUCCAUAACGUUGACUGAAGAAGAGAUACCAAGCGUCCGGGAAGGUAUAGUAGAGUUAAGAAGACAGAAAUUAUUGGACGCCAUAUCCUUUUUCGAUCAGCUACUAUCAGAACUACCUGCUGAACUCGCCCAAGAAGCAUCAAAGUACAGCUACCUUAGUGAACUACCUGAAGACCUAGCUAGUGCUCUUGACAAGUAUGUCAAGGCUCUAAACGAUAGAAUCGAAAAAGAGCAAGACAAAAUACGGGAGGCAGAAAUGAAAAAAAUGGUAGCUAAAUGGCGAAAACAAAGAGGAAGAGUAGACGAAGAUGAUGAAUACGACGAAGAAGAUGAAGAGGAGGACGAAGAUGAUCAACCCAUAAAGAGCAAGAUCAGUGCAAAGAAAACAAGAAGAUCACAGCAAGAGGAGGAAGAAGAGGACGAAGAUGAUCAACCCAUAAAGAGCAAGAUCAGUGCAAAGGACCAGAAUCCAUCAGAAAACAACCAUUUGAAAGGAAAAGCGCCAGAAAACGAAGAUAAAAAGCCAAAAUCCAAGCCAUGGUACAAAUUUUGGUAAUUAAUUGAAGAGGUCAUGCCGUUUACUAAUGGUAACAGUAUUGAAUGAUAGUGUGGAUUCCACAGCGCUAGAGACACGGCUCUCAAAUAAGGAAUAAAACAAUUGGUUCACGCCAAUAUACUUAAACGUUGAGCGUAUAAUUUCUUAUUGCAUUGAUCAUGCAUUUAUAC